CUCAGAGAUGUGCGGGUUGUGUCAAAGUGUGGCCGAUUUCGAAGGUCGUGGCUGUUGUGGAGCGCAAGCCGCAAGGUGUUCCGAACUCCACGGCCAUUAGUUUGCUGUGCUGAUCCAGGACUCCACCAUACCCUACUUUGUGAUUCUCCUUGGUCUCUGCGCAUCCAGAAGGUGAUAUUUCCCUGGCCGUGCCGUCUCUCGGAGGUAUUUGUUCCUUCGCUUCGAAAAAUUUCCCUGCAACGAGAGUAUUGACGGAAGUAUCAGCGAGCAAAACCUGGCAACAUGUUCCGGGAUGUCGGUCAAGCGAAGAAGGUGGAAAUGGAACGAGAUGAUCAUAACGCCGAAUCUAGGAGCAACAGCCUGGUUCUUGCCGUGUUGUUCUGGAUUCUGCUCACACUCGCCCAGGUGAUGAAAUGGUUCGUCAUUUUCCCGCUGGCCUUGCUGUGGAUCCUUGAGGACGUGAACGCAAACGGAUUGGAGGUUCACUGGUCAGGAAGUAUGAAGACGUUCAAUUGGCACCCGCUGAUGGCGAUUAUCGGGUUCGCUUUGCUCGGUGGUGAUGGAGUACUGGUGUUCCGCGGACUCAGUCGCAUCGGUGUCAGCUCCAAACCGGUGCUCAAGUUCAUCCACGGCCUGCUCAUGUUCCUCUCUUUGCUGUGUGUAUCAAUCUCCAUGGCAGCCAUAUUCUAUUUCCACACGGUGAACGGUUACACGAAUCUCGACAGCUUUCACGGUCAGUUCGGAUUUGCGUGUGUUAUCCAGUACGGCGCGCAGUACCUCUUCGGCCUUAUCCUGUUCGCCUUCCCGUGUGUUCCGGCUAACGCCCGGCGCCUGGCCAUGCCGUACCACCGCUUCAUGGGGAAAUCCCUUCUGAUACUGGCCGCGAUGUGCAUCGUGUCGGGCUUGACGACGAAGCUGGGAGGCGAGAAUGGCAAGUCGACGUCGCCGGACAUCCGCACCGGCAUCGCUCUCGGCUUCCUGAUACCGUACAUGUUUGCGGUGGUCUUGUUCCUGCUGGGCCGUGACGAAUACAGACGAUACCAGUCGCCGAGCAGCAAACCGUCCCAUGCCGGCGAAAGUGGCAAGAAGGACGGCAGCGACCGAGCGUUGCUAUCCCAAGAGAAACCGUAGGCCAAUCGUGUUUCCCUAUUUCCAAUUCUACCAUGUCUAAACGCUGAUGCUAAUCACAACGAACAGUGUUAUUACCGCCCAAGAUAGGCAACCAUGGCUCAUUGCCUAGCACUAAUUGCAUUCUAGGAUUCGAAAACCUUUCAUGGUUCAAUUUUGAUUACAAUUCCAUUGCAUGAACUAUAACGGGUACAAAUUUCAAGGUGAUCUUCCUAGGCUUCGCCCAGCAGAUCUGCUCAUGGUAUAAACCGUGCGGCAAGUUCUGCUGGAUAGCUUUUUUUUCCAGUGGACACCAUUUGUUCAGCUUCACGGCAUGCAAAUACACCUUCCAAAAAUAUUGGGUUUCAGCUUGUAUACACUUCUUCAGCCUGCACUGCAUGUUUAACAAUGUCUUCUGUUCUUGCUGACCCCUGUUACUACUCUGAGUGGUAUUGCGCUGUACAUGGUGGCUGGCGGGUGGUGGCUGUGAUACUGGUACUUCGGUACCAGUGAUGAUGACGAUGAUGUAUGACGGUUGUGCUGGUGGUGGUCGCAGGCUCUUGUUCCUAUGCGUUAUUUCAUACACACAAUUCACGCUGAAUUUAGACGGUCGAGUACGUA